GGAAUAGCUUUCUGCAUAACUAACCUAACCCAACAUCAAAACUCCAUUUUAAAAGGCUCCCUCACUUAUAAUCUUAUAGACAAAACAAAAUAUUAGCCCAAAAAUGGCUAUGAGUUUGAGACCUAUUCGUCCUCAGCAACCUGCACGAACCCUGUCUCGGAAUUUCAAGCCUCAAACGGACUGGAGGGAAGAAGAAAAGGCUACCAUUUUACUCGUUUAUCUUCCUGGUUUUGUGAGGGAGCAAGUAAGGACAACCUAUGAUGAGUCCCAACGCUCCAUUAGACUACAGGGAGAGCAAAGGCUCCCCAACAACAGAAUGAGGCGUGUAGAUGAGAGAUACACUGUUCCAGAAAGUUGUGAGGGAAGUCAAAUGGAAGCAGAGUUUGGUCGUGGAAUUCUCACGGUCACGUUGCCCAAGACCAAACCAGCGCCAGAACCAAAACCAAAGGCACCAAUGCCUCAAGAAACUUCUGGUGACCUGAGGACUCGUAAGGGUGAAGAAGAGAUGGUAUCUGCAACUCCUGUUGAGAAGCAGAGGGGUGGUGAUAUUAAUGUUGAUGUUGCAAUCCCAGGAAAAACCACAAGCGAGAUGAAAUCUCUGUCUCAGACUGCUGGAGAAGAAACCUCUUCGAAAACAACUUCGAGCACCAAAGAAACAGAGCAAGCUGUUUCAACAUCUGAUUCAAAGAAGCAAAUUGAUGAAAGGAAUGUAAGGGAAGAGUCCGGUAAGAAGAAAGAAAAGGAUGAAACGGAAAAGCCUGUGAAAAUUAUAGAGUCGGUUCAGGGGAAGGAAAGGGAAAUUGAAGAAUCUGCAGUUCCCGAAAUUGUUGUAUCAGAAGUUGAAGAGAAGGAGAAAGAAAAGAUUAUUGAAAUACCGGAGAAAGAUUCUAAGUAUGCAAAAGUGAAGGGAGAUGUUGUAUCAAAAGCUGAAGAGAAGGAAAAGGAAAAGAUCAUUGAAUUAUCUGGCAAUGAUUCUAAGGAUGCUAAAGUGGAGAUUGCUGUUUCAAAAUCUAAAGAGAAGGAGAAGGAAAAGAUUACUGAAAUAUCUAGCACUGAUUCUAAGGAUGCAAAAGUGGAGAUUGUUGUUUCAAAAUCUGAAGAGAAGGAGAAGGAAAAGAUUAAUUAUAUACCUGGCAAUGAUUCUAAGGAUGCAAAAGCAAAGGAGACGGCUGUUUCAGAAGCUGAAGAGAAAGAGAAGAGUGCUGAAAAAUCCGGUGACUCAGGUGAUGCUGCUGCAUCUGCCAAGUUAAGUCUGAAUAAUCAUGGGAAUCCGUUAGUUAAUACAACUGUGGCAACCAUAGUGAUUCUGGGACUUGGUGCAUAUUACUUUUACUCUUUUAGGACAUAAUCUAUAGCUUCAGAAAUCUAAUAUACUUUCAAAAUCAGC